GUUGUGUUUCUCUUGAGCCCUGUCUGUAAGUGUAAUAGAUCUCAUCCCCAUUACCACCUCCUUCUCUAGAGAUUUUUUCUGUGUACUCCAAUCUUUCACCAUCUCUUCACAAACUCAAAACACUCUAUAUAAAACUUACUCUCUGUUCACUGUGUUGUCGUUUUUGGUAUGUUGGGGGGCUGUCUUUUUCGUUUGAAAGAAACCCCAGGUGGUCAAGUGCAUGUGAAGUUGGUUGAGAAAGAAAGAGAGAUCUAAUUGGUUUAAUGGUUGGAACGCUCACUUUACUUUUUUGGGAUUUUGCUGGUGACUAAUUAACUUGAGUGAAGUCAUUACUCAUUCUUUGCUUCUUUUUUUCUUUCUUUUGCUUCUCUUGUUGAAAAAAAAGAAAGAAAGAAAGAAAGAACUCUCUCUUCUAGCCCUCCUUUUGUUGCUACCACCACAUGGGUUCUUAAAACGCUUCACUUGGUUAAAAAGCUUGGAUCUUUCAAGCCUUUUUAGCUUGGAGAUUGACUUUACCAUCCACUUCUUGUCGUUGUUACAUCAUUUGCAUAUUGAAGUUGAGAGGUGUCGCCAUUGCUGCUGCUUUCGACUUCAAAGUUCGAAUUUUUUGGAUUCGAAUAUGAGUUUCAGGUUUCUUCAAUCGAUCAGUGGAGUAUCGUUACCCAUCUGGGAAUAAAAUUUGUUUCCUUUUUCAUAAUGCUAUAAUUGUGAAGAUUUGGGGCGGUUACAGAAUCAAAGGAGAAUGCAAUCUGGUUUGAUUUGUUUCUAUAAUUUACAAGAAAAUCUGUUGUUGGACGUAUUAAUGCUCUGAUCAUGACCAAAGCUAUUCGUGAUAGGAUUCUCAAGGAUGCGAAUGGUGAUAUUAGUGAUCAUCUACGCAACCACAUACAUUUGACCAAUUGCAUUCACUUGAAAAACCAUAUGCAUAAGCAGAGUCCCAUUUUGGCUGAUAGGUCCCUUAUGAGGGACCUUAUAGUCCUUCAGAGGUCGCGUUCUCUUAGGGAUCCCUCUGCCAGUCCUCCAUCGUGGCAUUCACCUUCUGUUGUUGAUUUGCUUCCUAAGAAAGGCGACAAGGAUGCCACUAUUUGGGAGGGGAGAAGGUCGGUUGGCAUUGAGCGUCGGAGGGAUAGUAGUAGGUUUUCGGGAAGCUCACCUCCUUUGCCGAAUUUUGUUAUCUCACAAGUUGCUCCCGCUGAAGUUGGUGUGCUUAAUGAAGGGGUAGCAGCAGCAAUCAGUGAACGUAGUAGCAAAAGUGGAAAUUGUGACGGUAGAAGAGUUAGGAGAGAAGAAUCUAGUCGGAAAAGUAGGACUGAUCUUUUGGGUGGCAAUGAGGAGCUUCCAGAAGAUCAAGAUGGUAAUUAUUUGGUUCAAGAUGUUGUUUCAGGUAACUCUGAGAUUAAAGAUAGAAAGAAUAAACAGAAGGGUAAGCAAUCCCAAGAUGUUCGAGUUAAGACCCUCACUGAGCAGUUGGAUGAUAUUCCCAUGGACAGUGAUGAUUUAGCAUCUUCAAAUGUUCAAUUUCAUGGUAGACGUUCUCGACUGGAGAAAGCUGGUGAGGAACCAGAAGCCAGCAUCCGUGGUUACUCCAAUGGACUGAAUAGGGGAAAAAGGCGUAAGUUUCGAGGGACCAGAAGAAAUUGGACUGCUUCAGCCUUGAGGGAUAUUAAAGGUCAGAGUGAAAUAUCUGUGGCUUCUAAUUCAUUAGCUCAAGGUUCGGCACGCCCAAGGUAUCACAUAGAGGAGGAAGAAGAAGAGUACGGAGAUCAAAAUGUCACAAGGGCUCCUAGAAAUGGGUGUGGGAUUCCAUGGAAUUGGUCAAGAAUUCAUCAUAGGGGUAAAACAUUCCUUGACAUGGCUGGAAGAAGUUUAACUUCUUGUGGUCUGUCAGACUCAAGGAUAAGGAAAGGAGCUUCCCAUGGAAGAGAUAUUCCUAUGCCUGUGGCAUCUGAUCGUUCAACCUCAUCCACUAGAUCCGAUGCAGAGGCUCUGCCUCUACUUGUUGAGGCAUCUGGAUCUCUAGAAAGCACUGAAAACGCUUGGGUGCAUGACUAUUCUGGAGAGCUAGGUAUUUUUGCUGAUCAUUUACUGAAGAAUGAUAUUGAUUCUGACCUUGCUUCUGAAGGUAGAUCUGGUGACCAGCAUAAGUUAGGUGCAAACCGCAAUGGGAGGCAUCAAAACCUGACACAAAAAUACAUGCCAAAAACUUUCAGAGAUCUAGUGGGACAGAAUUUGGUAGCACAAGCUCUUUCCAAUGCCGUCAUGAGAAGGAAAGUUGGGUUGCUAUAUGUGUUUUAUGGACCUCAUGGCACAGGGAAAACUUCCUGUGCUCGCAUUUUUGCUCGAGCUUUGAACUGUCAGUCUCUGGAACAUCCCAAGCCUUGUGGCUUUUGUAACUCUUGUAUUUCUCAUGACAUGGGUAAAAGUCGAAAUAUACGUGAAGUUGGUCCAGUCAGUAAUUUUGACUUUGAGGGCAUCCUGAAUCUACUUGACAAUAUGGUGAUCUCCAAGCUACCAUCACAAUAUAGGAUAUUUGUUUUUGAUGACUGUGAUACUCUGUCCCUAGAUUGCUGGAGUGCUAUAUCGAAGGUCAUUGAUCGAGCACCCAGACGUGUGGUUUUUGUUCUUGUCAGUUCAAGCCUUGAUGUUUUGCCUCAUAUAAUCAUAUCCAGGUGCCAGAAAUUUUUUUUCCCAAAGUUGAAAGAUGCAGAUAUCAUCUAUACUUUGCAGUGGAUUGCAUCCAAGGAAGAUAUAGAAAUUGACAAGGAUGCACUAAAACUUAUUGCAUCAAGAUCAGAUGGAUCAUUGCGGGAUGCAGAGAUGACCUUAGAGCAACUUAGUUUGCUUGGACAGAGAAUUUCGGUUCCUCUGGUUCAAGAACUGGUUGGGCUUAUCUCUGAUGAAAAGUUGGUGGAUCUUCUUGAUUUAGCAUUAUCUGCAGACACAGUAAACACUGUAAAGAAUCUAAGAGUGAUAAUGGAGACUGGUGUGGAGCCUUUAGCUUUGAUGUCACAACUUGCUACUGUGAUUACUGAUAUUCUUGCUGGUAGUUAUGAUUUCAGAAAAGACAGGCAUAGAAGGAGGUUCUUUAGAAGGCAACCAUUGUCAAAAGAAGAUAUGGAGAAGCUGCGUCAAGCUCUAAAAACUUUGUCUGAGGCUGAGAAACAACUGAGGACGUCAAAUGAUAAAUUAACAUGGCUAACGGCUGCAUUGCUUCAACUUGCUCCUGAUCAGCAGUACAUAUUGCCGAGUUCUUCUGCAGAUACUAGUUUUAAUCAUAGUCCCUUGGCCCUAGAUAAUGCAGGUGGAAGUCAUAUGACCAGGAAAAGUGGUGACCCAGCUAUGAUGUCUAAUGAAGAGACAGGCAUGUCAAUGAAUGUUAGAUUGGAAAAUUUCCAUGCUGGAAGUUCUGGUGAUUUCGUUAAUAAUAGCAAGAAGAAAGGUAUUAGUCUAGAUAGAAAAAGACAUGCUGGGGCUGGGACAGCUCCUCAACAAACAUCCACUGAUACAAUUAGAAUGAGUGGCAGGCAGAUUUCAGGCAAAAGCCACACUGAAACUGAAGAAAUCUGGUUGGAAGUGCUUAAGAAGAUUCAAAAUAAUGGUAUAAAAGAGUUUUUGUACAAAGAAGGAAAGUUGAUCUCUGUCAGUUUUGGUGCAGCUCCAACCAUACAAUUGAUGUUUAGCUCACAUCUCACAAAAUCUAAGGCAGAAAAGUUUAAGGAUCACAUUUUUCAAGCAUUUGAAUCUGUUCUUGGUUCUCCGGUGACAAUUGAAAUUAGGUGUGAAUCAAGGAAAGAUAGUAGAACGGGGUUUCGUUCACCUCUUAGCUUAGCCUCUAAAGAUUCUCAGAUGUUUUCUAAUGUGGAGUCUAAUACGGGGAACAGAUUGCCUUGGGCUAGAUCUCGUGAACUUAACAAAAGAGUUACAAGAGAUAGAGAUGUUCAUGAUGCAAGCACGCAAGCACAGCUUUUACACGCUGAAUCUCUUGAAAUUGGAAGGAAUGAAAUUGUUGAAGUACCAGCCUCUCCCCGGGAAACCAAAGACAACGAUCAUGCCGGCAGUCGAACAGAAUACAAUAAAAGAGGUGGGAGUACAUGGAUGGGAGAUGCAUCGGCUUCACAGAAGAAAUCGCCCUUGGUCUCUACCUUGGAAAGAAGGAAACUUGGGGAACAAAGUCAGAGCCAGAGCCUUGUGAGAGGCAAGGUUUCCCUUGCACAUGUAAUUCAGCAGGCAGAAGGAUGUACACAGCGAAGUGGAUGGUCAAGACGUAAAGCAGUUUCCAUUGCUGAAAAGCUUGAACAAGAGAACCUGAGAUUGGAGCCUAGGUCAAGAAGCUUGCUUUGCUGGAAAGCAACUCGUGUAACUCGUCGGAAGCUUUCUCGUUUGAAAACUAGAACGCGAAAGCCACAUUCAUUGCUGAAGCUUGUCUCCUGUGGAAAGUGCCUCUCUUCUAAAUCUCCAAGGUAGGACUAGAUAAAAAUUUUGGGAUGGCUUUUAUCGGUUCGGUGUGCAACGUACUUAUUCAUAUUACUCCUGUAAUUAGCCAUUUUAUUGCAGUUUACAAGUUCGAUUCUAUCUGCCAAUCCCUGAAUAAAAUGUAGUUAUUUCAGAUUAGAAAAAAUUAGAAAAGAAAUCUAAUAG